AUGACAAUGUCGCGAAUUCCGUUCCCGUUUGAAAUUAAAGAUGUGGAAGAAAAUCUGGCUAAGGAACUUAUGGUGCAUUAUACAGGAGAACUGACGGGCUUCGUGCAAGUUGGUCCCAAGAAAUAUUUCUUCCCCCAUAAAUAUAAGGAGGAAGCUGAAGACAUUUACAAUAUCCCGGUGAAGCCAGAUGACGUGUACGUUGUUACAUUUCCUAGAUCAGGCACUACAUGGACGCAGGAGCUGGUCUGGUUGGUGAAAAAUGAUCUCGAUUUUGAAUCUGCCAAAGAAACACCGUUACCAUUCAGAUUUCCAUUCCUGGAGAUUUCAGUCAUAAUACACCCGGUGUUUCUAAAGCCGAUGAUAGAAGACAGCAUAGCAAACCCAAGAAAAUUCCACGUUGCGGAUACGGCGAAACCGGGCGCAGUGAAGGCGGCCAAUUUGAAAUCGCCAAGGUUCAUCAAGAGCCACCUGCCUCUGUCGUUGCUCCCACCAGGGCUGCUGGAUACGGCUAAGGUGGUGUACGUGGCACGGGACCCAAGGGAUUCGGCGGUUUCCUUCUACCACUUGAGCAGAACGUACGCGAUACAGGGCGCGCCGAAGGACUUUAAGACGUAUUGGAACUACUUUAUUAAGGGUUUACAUCACUAUUCACCAAUAUUUGAACACGUUAAAGAAGCAUGGAAUAUGAGACAUCAUCCGAAUCUUUUGUUUAUAUUUUAUGAAGAAUUAUCUAAGGACUUGCCGGCUGUCAUCCGUCGAGUAUCCGACUUUUUAGGUAAAGAAAUAACACAAGAGCAAGUGGAGAAAUUGGCAGACCAUCUUAAUUUCAAUAACUUUAAGGAUAACACGUCCGUCAAUCACGUGCUCAUGAAAAAUGCCGACCUCGCCGUGGAAGGGGAAGCGCCGUUCGUGAGGAAAGGUAAAGUAGGCGGUUGGAGAGACUACUUCGACGAUGAGAUGGUGGAACAAGCUGACAGAUGGCUCAAAGAGAACCUCGCCGACACUGACCUGAGAUAUCCUUCAUGGGAACUGACAGAUUUCCCCACGAAAGAUAGAAAAAAUUCGAUUAACGUAGACUACAUGCGAACACCGCAAGGACGCACCUAGAAUAACUUCAAAUAUCAAUUCUGUGCUAUAUGACUGUUUUGA